ACCCGCUUCUGCAUCUGAAGUGACCCCGCAGACCCAACUCCCAGCAAACAUGAAGGCCACCCUGGUACUCGUCGCGGCGUUAGCCGUCAUUGUGGUCGCCGCCGCGGAGGAGAAGUACACCACCAAGUACGACAACGUCAACCUGGACGAGAUCCUCGCCAACGACCGCCUGCUCAACAAGUACGUCCAGUGCUUGAUGGAGGAUGGGGAAGCCAACUGCACCGCUGAUGGCAAGGAACUCAAGAAAGCCGUCCCUGACGCGCUGAGCAACGAGUGCGCCAAGUGCAACGAGAAGCAGAAGGAGGGCACCAAGAAGGUGCUGAAGCACCUCAUCAACCACAAGCCCGACGUCUGGGCGCAGCUCAAGUCCAAGUACGACCCUGAUGGCACCUACAGCAAGAAGUACGAGGACAAGGAGAAGGAGCUCCACGAAUAAGCACUCUACUCCCAUGUCUAUCCUAUCUAAACGUUUUUCUCAAAUAAACUAUAACUUGUAACUCAA